GCCCGCGACGCGCCUGCGCAUAACGACUUCGUGGCAGCGGCGGGCGCGGAGUGAGGAGUCGCGCGGGGUCUCUCUGCCAGUCUGGUAAAGCCCCAAGGCCCUCACCAUGGACUUCCAGCAUCGCCCUGGGGGUAAGACCGGGAGCGGAGGCGUGGCCUCCUCCUCGGAGAGCAAUCGGGACCGCAGGGAGCGCCUCCGGCAGCUGGCCCUGGAGACCAUCGACAUCAACAAGGACCCUUACUUCAUGAAGAACCACCUGGGUUCGUACGAGUGCAAGCUGUGCCUGACCCUGCACAACAACGAGGGCAGUUACCUUGCGCAUACCCAAGGGAAGAAGCAUCAGACCAACUUGGCCCGGCGAGCUGCCAAGGAGGCCAAGGAGGCCCCCGCCCAGCCGGCACCAGAAAAGGUCAAGGUGGAGGUGAAGAAGUUUGUGAAGAUCGGCCGCCCGGGCUACAAAGUGACCAAGCAGAGGGACACGGAGAUGGGCCAGCAGAGCCUCCUUUUCCAGAUCGACUACCCUGAGAUUGCCGAGGGCAUCAUGCCCCGCCACCGCUUCAUGUCCGCCUACGAGCAGAGGAUCGAGCCUCCGGACCGGCGCUGGCAGUACCUGCUGAUGGCUGCUGAGCCCUACGAGACCAUCGCCUUCAAGGUGCCAAGCAGGGAGAUCGAUAAGGCCGAAGGCAAGUUCUGGACUCACUGGAAUCGGGAAACCAAGCAGUUCUUCCUUCAGUUCCACUUCAAGAUGGAGAAGCCACCAGCCCCGCCGAGCCUCCCUGCUGGGCCUCCUGGGGUGAAGAGACCCCCACCGCCCCUGAUGAAUGGUUUGCCCCCUCGGCCACCACUGCCAGAGUCUUUGCCCCCACCACCGCCAGGAGGCCUGCCUCUGCCACCCAUGCCACCCAGUGGGCCUGCUCCCUCAGGGCCUCCGGGCCCUCCCCAGCUGCCCCCACCAGCUCCUGGGGUCCACCCCGCAGCACCAGGGGUCCACCCCCCAACAUCCGGGGUCCACCCUCCAGCACCAGGAGUCCACCCCCCAGCUCCUGGGGUUCACCCCCCAGCACCGGUGGUCCACCCACCAACAUCUGGGGUCCACCCACCUGCUCCUGGCGUCCACCCUCCGGCCCCAGGGGUGCACCCAACAGCUCCGGGAGUCCAUCCUCCUCCAUCUGCUGGGGUUCAUCCCCAGGCCCCAGGGGUGCACCCACCGGCUCCUGCUGUUCAUCCCCAAGCCCCGGGGGUGCACCCACCAGCUCCUGCAGUCCACCCCCAGGCCCCUGGAGUCCACCCUCCAGCUCCUGGGGUCCACCCACCAGCCCCAGGGAUCCACCCCCAGCCUCCUGGGGUCCACCCCCCACCUCCUGGGGUCCACCCUUCAGCUCCUGGGGUCCACCCUCCAGCUCCUGGGGUCCACCCCCAGCCUCCUGGGGUUCACCCCUCAAAUCCUGGGGUGCACCCCCCAACUCCUAUGCCCCCAAUGCUGAGGCCCCCACUGCCCUCCGAAGGCCCUGGGAACAUUCCACCCCCUCCCCCAGCCAACUGAAAAGCAGCUCCUUCUCCAGGCAAGAUUGGUGUCGUGUGUUCUGGUGUUUUCCUUCCGAGCUAAGCCUGGUGCUCUCGUACUGGGCUGUACCGUGUCCCCAGCGCUCAUUAAACACUUCCCCUCGUGA